AAUAUACAUAUAUGAUGAAUAUAUACUGAUGAACAUGCACUAAAUUGGUUGCAUAAUCAUCAACCGACCAUGGCUCGAGGAGGGAAAUCACUAGCAUUGAUGAAAUCAAAGAGGUAUACUGAAGAAGAUUCAAGGCCAACGCCGCAAUGGGUAAUAGACAUCAAACAAGAAGAAACAGAUCAACUAGAUUUCGGAAAAUCAUGGACAAUUUACAGAGUUCCUACGAACCUCCUUGAAGUUCAGAAAAGCGCAUUCAUUCCGAAAAUCAUAUCGAUCGGUCCUUUUCAUUACGGUGACAAGAGUUAUAAGGUUAUGGAAGAACACAAAAAGAGAUUCUUGUUUCGUCUAUUGGGAUAUGAUAAUAAGAGUAAUUUAGGUGAUUAUAAUUAUGUUGACAUAGAGAACAUUGAGAGACUUAUGUAUGGAUUGGAGAGAAAAACAAGAGAAUGUUAUUCUGAGAAUUUUCCUGGUCUUUCUAUCGAUGCUUUUGUCCAGAUGAUGGUUAUGGAUGCUUGUUUCGUUAUCGAACUCCUUCGUCUCUACCACAACUUUGACUCAUCAAACGACGUCGAGCAGGAGGAAGGAGUUGUAGCUGAUCCGAUCUUUACGACCCGAUGGAUGCUUCGAGCCCUUCAACGUGAUUUAAUGAUGAUACAAAACCAGCUCCCAUUCUUUGUACUUCAAGAAUUAUACCGUUUGAUUAUCUCAAAUCCCAAGAAAGGUACGCUUGAAGAUAACAUUUCGCUAAUCGAUCUUACUUUAAAGUUUUUCGAUCCACUUCUUCCAAAAGACGAAAAUGAAAGUGUAGACUUAGACCCAGACCCAGAGGAGUAUCGGCAUCUCCUUCACUUAUUCAGAAACAGCUUCAUAUCAUCAAUUAAACGCAAAAAACCACCACAACCACGAACAGGUAGUACCGCGAAAAAACAUAUGAUUCAUCCUCAAUUAAGAACUCAAAGCACUCGUCAUAAGCAAGAAAGUCAUUUCAUACAGUGUGCUACAGAACUGAAAGAAGCAGGGAUUUCACUGCUGGAGAAAUCAGAGAAGAGUAAUAUAGAUAUAUUCGAUGUUGAAUAUGAAGAUGGAGUUUUGAAGAUCCCUACGCUAUUUAUCGAUGAUAACACUGUGCCUCUCUUUCUGAAUUUCAUAGCUUAUGAGCAGUGUGACAAAGAUGCAACUCCUUACUUUACCAACCACUUUGUGUUCUUUGAUAGAUUGGUGAAUUCGAUCAAAGAUGUUGAAGUUCUACACCGAGCGGGAAUCAUACGUCACGUUUUCGGGAGUGAAAAACGGGUAGCGUAUAUGAUUAGCAGGUUAUGCAGAGAGAUCGUUUAUAAUGUGGAUAAUUGUCAUUUAUCUGAACAAAUGAAGGGGAUAAAUGAAUGCUACAAGGCGUAUUACGCUAAUAAAUGGUAUGUUUGGUGGACAAGCUUGGUUCGUGAUUACUUCAGUAGUCCCUGGACAGUUCUAUCUCUGUUUGCCGCUUUUAUUUUAUUGGCCUUUACUGCUGGACAAACUAUUUAUGCUAUGUACGGUUAUUACAAACCAAGAAAGUAAUUCAUGCAUUGCACUUUUAAGUAAGUAUGA